UCACACAUUCCUGCUUAUCACAUAGCAAAUAAUGUUUGUGUUACACCCUCAACUGACAUAGAUCAAUAGAUAACUUCCCCUGGGCUGCUAUGUGUCCUCAGCAACCUCAGCAUGAGACAAGGAUGUGUUCUUUGGGUCUGGAACAUUCACACUGAGAGGAUGGGAUACCAGAAAGCUGGGGAUACGAUCACUGGGCGGGUCACUUUGGAAGCAUCCAAGGAGACCUCUCUCCAGUCUCUUUUUAUCAAGGCAAAAGGGAAAGCUGAGGUGAAAUGGACUGAAAAUGAGGGUCAAAACCCUGUGGCCUACAGUGGCAAGAAGAAAUACUUCAGUCUUCAAAUAUUGUUGCAGGAAGGGAAGGGGGAUGGCUCUGAAAUAAUUUAUCCUGGGAGACAUGUGUAUCCUUUCACCUUCCAGAUUCCAGCCAAAGAAAUGCCUUCAUCUUACAUGGGGAAAUGGGGCAAAAUCACCUACUAUUUGAAGGCCAAGUUGAUCAGGACGCUUUGGUUGAUAGACAGAGCCAAGACAGAGUUCACGUAUCUGUCAAAGACUAAUAUGAUCAUUCCUGGACUGAGGGAGCCCCAGCACGGUUCCAAGAUUCUAUUUUUUGCCUCUGGAGAUAUCUCUUUGGACAUUCAUAUUGAGACAAUGGGGUAUCUAUCAGGUGAAGCAAUAAAAAUCCUUGUUGAGAUCUACAACAACUCUACACGCACAGUAACCCCCAACUUCUACCUAUAUGAAGAGCAAAGCUUCUUCGCCAAGCAUAAAAGGAACAUCUACACCAAUGACAUCAUUAAAGAGAGAGGAGAUCCUGUUAUGGCUUCUACAAGACAGACUGUGACCAAAGUGCUGACUAUCCCUCCACAACUCCCUGUCUCCCUCCUAGACUGCUCCAUACUGAAGUUAGAGUACAGACUGAAGGUCACUCUUGACGUCCCAACGGCCAAAGACCCCGAGGUUAAACUUCCCCUGGUUAUCCUCCUGGAUAAAUCAAUAGCAGCUGAGGAACGGCAGCAGGAAUACAGCUGGUCUAAAUGAGUUCUCAUGCUCUAGAACGUUGGUGAUAACUAAGUCUUUUUUAAACCUUAGAUUUUGGGCUGGAUGUGUCAAUGAUACAUGUAACUGAUUACGGAAAAAUACAACUGUAAUCCAUUACCAGCUAAAAUAUUGUAAUCAGAAUAAAAAUACAGAACAACAACAAAAAUCUAGAUGAUUACUUCUAGGAUUAAUUUUAAAUUCAGAAAAGAUGUUUGCGAAAAGUUACAAAAGAGCAGGAAUAGGUUUUUAUAGGCUACAGUCCAAGCUAUGUCUUACAAUGGCACCCAGGAACAGCAGCUGCAACUUUGGCUGUAGCUAAUUGGGAUCUUAAUAAAACACAAACAUACUAAAAAGGCGCGUCUGCUGUCUGCAUGCAAAGACUACAAUUUGAAUAAACGUUUGGAGGUAAGGACGACAGCAGUGGUGUAACCUACGGGCUAUACAGAUAUAACUUAUUGAUAUCUACAUAGCACAAUGAUGUGAGUCACACCGCUGCUCUCUCAUUUAGUAACUUGCUCCUUAUGGAUUGUGGUUGUUAUGGAUGGCUGUUUACAAAAGUACACUGAGUGUACAAAACAUUAGGAACACGCGAUCUGUCCGUGACACAGACUGACCAUGUAAUUCAGGUGAAAGCUAUGAUCCCUUAUUGAUGUUAAAUCCUCUUCAAUCAGUGUAGAUGAAAGUGCGGAUCAGGUUAUAGAAGGAUUUUUUAAGCUUUGAGACAAUUGAGACUGUGUAUGUCUGCCAUUCAGAUGGUGAAUGGGCAAGAAAAAAUAUUUAAGUUCCUUUAAACGGGGUAUGGUAAUAGGUGCCAGGCGCACCAGUUUGAGUGUGUCAAGAACUGAAACGGUGCUGUGUUUUUCACGCUCAACAGUUUCCCGUGUAUAUGAAGAAUUGUCCACCACCCAAAGGACAUCCAGCCAGUGGUCGAAAACAGGUCACUGAUGGAAGAGGACAAAGGAGUCUGACACAAAUUGUGCAGAGCAACAGACGGGCUACAUAAAAGAAUGCACAACUCGUCGUACCUUGACACUAAUGAUGUAUGGCAGCUGAUUACCUUACAGAGUUCCACUUAUUUCAGCAAAAAACAAGAAACUGCGGUUGCAGUGGGCUAAGAAACGAAAACACUGGACACUGGAGAAUUGAAAAAGCAUCGCCUGGUCUGAUGAAUGGCGGUUACUACUGUGUCACGCUGAUGGACUAGGGUUUGGAGAAACCCACAUGAGUACAUGUAUCCAUCCUGUCACAUGUCAACAUUACAGGCUGGUGGUGGUGGUGUGAUGGUGUGGGUUGUGUUUUCAUGGCACACAUUGGGCCCAUUGAUAAAAGUGGAGCAGUGUUUGAAUGCCACAGGAUAUCUGAACGCCCUUACCAACCAGAUGUAUGCCUUCAUGGCAGCAGUGUAUCCAUAUGCAUCCAUCUCAGCAGGAUAAUGCCCCAUGCCACAAGGCUAGGAUUGUCCAGGAAUGGUUUCACAAACAUGACAGUGAAUUCAGCUUACUGCCCAGUCACCAGAUCUCAAUCUAGUUGAGCAUCUGUGGGAUGAUAUGGAACGAGCUAUUCAGAGUAGAGAUCCACUACCAGCCAACUUGACACAACUGUGGGAAGCAUUGGAGUCAACAUGGGCCAGCAUCCCUGUGGAACGCCUUCAACACCUUGUAGAGUCCAUGCCCCAACGAUAUGAGGCUGUUCUGAGGGCAAAAGGGGUGCAGCUCAAUAUUAGCAAGGAGUUCUUAAUGUUUUGUACACUCAGUGUAUAUGUGUAAUUUAACCGAAUAAUAGUUUAAUUGAAGAAGUUUAAGCUGCCUAUCAAUCAUUGUUUUAGCGACCAGUGGACAGACAAUGAAACAUUUUAUCUUGCAGGAGCUGCAUGGUGCAGAUCCCAG